CUGAUUUUGUAAGUCAUGCGCCAUCAAAAAAUUUAUUAGAUAAAAAUUUAACAGAUAAAAAAAAUCAAGCACAUCGUCAUUGUGAUUGAAACAAAUUAGUACUGUUAUUAAAGUGAAAUUAUUACACGUACUAUUGCAAAAUUAAUUGCUAAUUUUUUGCUGAUACUGAAAACAAUUGUGAUAAAUAAAAAGGCAGAAUGGAAACUGAUAGUGUAAUUGGUAAUAAUCAAUUUACAUGUAUAACAUGUCGUGUUGCAUUUCGUGAUCUUGAAAUUCAAAGACUUCAUUAUAAAUCAGAUUGGCACAGAUAUAAUUUAAAACGUAAAGUUGCUGAAUUGCCACCAAUAACAUCUGAAGAAUUUCAAAAACGUGUAUUAGUAGCUCAUCAAGCUGAUUUAAAAAAAGUUAAACCAGCAACAGCACAAUGUAAAAUGUGCCAUAAAAAUUUUAAUACUAUAAAUCAAUAUGAAAAUCAUAUAAUGUCUAAAAAACAUCAUGAUAAUGAAUUAAAACACGAUAUUAAAAAUCACGAUGAUAAAAAUAUUGAAACAAGUUCAAGUGAUACGGAUUCUUGGACAUUAUUACCACCAAAUAAUGAUACUGUUAAUGCUGUUGAUGGUGAUGGUGAUAAAAUAAAACUUGAACCAGAUAAAAUUGAAUCAAUGGAUACAGAGUCUGAUGCUGAAUCUGUUGAAAGUGAUGAAGAUCCAGAAAAUCCAGUUAAAAAUAAUGAUUGUUUAUUUUGUGAUCAUCAUAGUAGAUCAUGGGUUAGAAAUUUAAAACACAUGUCUGAAAAACAUUCAUUUUUUUUGGCUGAUUUUGAUCACUGUAUUGAUCCAAAGGGUCUUUUAGAAUGGCUUGGUGAAAAAGUAUAUGUUGACCAUGUGUGUAUUUGGUGUAAUGUCAGAGUAUUUCGCAGUUCAGAUGCUGUAAGAGCACAUAUGAUUGAUAAAGGACAUUGUAAAAUGAUAUAUGAAGGCGCACUUGCACUUGAAGAAUACGAAGAUUAUUACGAUUUUUCAUCAAGUUUUCCAGAUGCUGAAGAUUAUGAUGCAGAUGAUGAUCAUAACGUUGAACCUCUUGACUUUGAGAGUGAGGAUUUUCUUACAUUACCAUCUGGUACUGUUAUUGGACACAGAUCACUUCUGGUAUAUUUUAAUCAAAAACCCCACCAGGUUGUUGCUAUACCUCAAAGUGAAAAAAUACGAAAAGUACUACGUCAUUAUCGUGCAUUAGGAUGGACUGGAUCUGAAAAAGCACAAAUUGCUAAAAAAGCAAGAGACAUCAAGUACAUGCAGAGAAUACGUUCAAAAUAUUCAACUCAAUUGAAUUUCAAAGCAAAUAAAUUUCAAAAACAUUACAGGGAACAAGUUAACUUCUAGACAUUUUGAGUUAUCAUUAUUAUUUUUUUUUUUUAAAUUAAAUAUAAUAAUAAUUUGUCUAUAAAGAUUAUUAAAUAUAAUAAAACUUUUGUUCUAUUAAUUAAAUAAAAAUGUAUAACAUUUUCAUAGAAUGUUAUUUGUAUAAUUACCUUUUAUUUUUCUUAAUCCAAUUAUUAUUAUUUUUUUUUUCAAGUAGAUGUGUCAUUUAAAUAGCUUGAUAGUUUAAUACUCAUUUAUUAUUUUAAACAACACUAAAAAUUAUUUAAAUAAUUCAAAGUUAUUGAUAGGAAAUAAUAAUUUUUUGCUUACAAAAAAUAUAAAAAAUUUAAAUCGAUUGAUUGACAUUAUUUUAAUCAACAAAAUAAUUUUAUUAUGACAAUAUUAAAUAAUUGAAAGCAUAAUAAAUUAAUUUUGACUAAACUCAAUAGAAUUUAUAAAUAAAUAAAAUUCAAAAAGACAAAAAAA